AUCUCUUUCUAAUUUCUCCUUUAGCAUAAUAAUAUAACUCAUGUCUGGUAAUACUAGUUUUUGUUAAUGUGGCAACAGUUACAAGAUCACAUUAUCAUAAAUUUGAUUUCGUAUAUAUUAUGGAAUAAAAAGUAAUUAUUAUAAUUAAUUCAUAAAAUUCUUUUAUUAUUUAUAAAUGAAUAACUCAUGUGAUAUUCGUUUGUAAAACAGCGUUGCCAAAUGAUUCAAAGAAAAAUUGUGAAUGUUGUUGACUGUGCAUUUUCCUUUUUAUUAGGUUAAUUUGAUGCCAUGCUGACUCAAAUUGGUUAAAAGUCUAACAGAAGUUUAAUAAAUCCAAUAAUUUCGUGUCAAGCGAUAAUCUUUUAAUUAUUUUGAUAAGAAGAUCUUUAUAUUAUUUUAUAUGUCAAGGCUUAAAUACUUCAUGUAUAUCAUGCUUUAAAAUGUUCUAAGACAAUUGGAGACUAUAAUUAACUUAUUCAAUCUUAUAUAAGGAGUAAAUGCAUUACACGGAAACAUGUUUGGGACUUUGCGCAAUAAAUUUCAAAUCGUACAAGAAGGCUUAUCUGCAAGUAUAAGAGGUUUAACAGUGAUAGAAAAUCCUAACCAGAAAAAGACUAUUAAAUCAAGAAAUGUUAAUUAUGAUGCAGGUGCAGAUGUUUUACAUUAUUUUCAGUUACAAUGGAAUGAAUUACAUGAAUUGGCAGAAGUAAAUGCAGCUAAAGCUCAAGAAGUUGAUACUCUUAUUACUAACGUUUAUGGUAAAUUGGAAUAUGAAUGGAACAAUAUAACAUAUUUAAACAAUACUUUAGCUAUAAUUCCUCAAAUAAAUAAUGAAAUUCAAAAUCUUAUGGAUCAAAUAGGAACACUUGAAGAAAUGUUCGAAGAAGUCGAAGAAGCAUUGUAUAAAUUAGAAGAUCUAAAUGAAAUGAUAGAUUUACAGAGCAGACAACUGGAUCACAGAUUUCAGUUGGCUUUAUAUAAAGAAAAAAGGUUAUCAGAAAUCAAUUCUGUAAAAGCAAAAUUAGCAAAUGAACAUAUUGACAGAGUAUCAAAACAUGAACAGAAGCAACAAUUAAUGUUGAAGGAACGACAAGAAACUUUUGAUGAAGUAUUUAAAGGAGAAUUAGAAGCUUAUAAAGCAACAGGAUAUAUACCUAAAAUACCAACAACUAAGGAAGGUCCAUCUUUGGAUGAAAUAGUAUUGGAUGUAGAUUCGCAAAUGUUUGAUGAAUUCUUAGAGAAUUGAAAAUUCAUUAAGACCUUAUCAAUAAGAUUUCUUUUCCCAUUCUUUUUUUUUUACUCAAUUAAAUGCAUUAUAUUAUUUAUUUGUCUUAUUAAUUAUUAUAUAACUAUUUGUUUUUUUAGGAAAGAAUAAUAUUUGUUUUUAUUAUAUAUAUAUAUAUAUAUCUUCAUUAAUAUGUAUAUGUGACAAUUAAAUUGACUUUGACAUUGCAUUUUAUUAAUCACUUGCGCUGGAAAAACGUGCUACGCACGUCGAUAUGUGUUUGUCUCAAAAUAAUCAACGACGUAUUGUACACGUCGAUAUAACGGAAAUAAAAAAAAAACGUGUAUAGCACGUCGACUCAGAUCAUAGUCGGAGUACAAUUUCGAAGUGUACCGCGUAACGUGGAGUUAUCAAUAUAGUUUCUCAAAUAGAUAUGCGUAGUUUAAAAUUCUUACAAUUCACAAUACAUUUUCUUAUAUGCUAAUUAAAUCAAAUAAUACAUUUAUUUUAUAUUAAUAAUUUCAAUUAAUAUUGUAAAAUGAAGAGCGACAAUAGUGAACUUAGUGAUAUUAUUUUGACAAAUACAAAAAGAAAACGAUUAAUUAAAAUAAAUAGUGAAGAUAGUAUUAGUGAUUGUGAUUCUGAUAAAAUUGUUUUUCCAUUUCGAAAGCGAUGUAAAAUCAUAUUUGAUGACAAGGAAAAAAGUAGAAAUGAAGAUUGUGAAAUUAAUCUUACAUCUAAGGAAUGGAUACGAAAAGACGCUGAAAAUAAAAUGAGAAUAUGAAUAUAUUCAUGAAAUUCUGAGGUAAAUAUACUAUACUCCGUUCAAUGAGUCGAGUCAAUACAAAUAAACAAACAUGCGUGAUCGGGACAGGAUCGUAUUUAUUAACUUUCAGAUCUUGCAUCACCUUUGGAUGGGAUUCUCAUAAUGAAGUAAUUUCCGCAAAAGUUUUGUAAUGACUUAUGUAUUUUCGUUCCUGAAUAUUACAAAUGACUAUCGUUUGACCAGCCAAUAGCUGAUGUCCAUAUCAUCUAUCACGUGCUUAGCACGUAAAUGUUUUGUUCGUUUCUACUUACUCGACUCGUUGAACGAAUUAUAGGACAUAUCUGUGUAAAAUUAUUUGUAUAAGAUUCUACAGAGAUUUCAAGUAACGCUAGUUACGCUGGUACGUGCAUUUAUGAAAUAAUUGUCAGUGCAAGUGAUUAAAUAAAUAAAUAAAUAAAUAAAAUAAUAUUAACAUGUUCCGUGCCGCGUGGGACGUAUACGCUAAAUUAGUUAAACAGGAACGUCUUAAAUUAGUUCGCAGUCAAUAUUAUAUAUAAAUAAAUGUUAUACGGAUAUAUAAAUAUUUUCAGAAACGAUAAAUACAAUUAGCGUUGCCUGUAUGUACUUUUAUGAACUUACAUCAUUGAACCAUCGUUACGUACAAGCGACUCCAGAUGGCACUUCUUUCUCAUAUAUGUGUAUCAAGAUAUAAUAUGACGCCAUACAAGCUUCUCAUUCUGGUCAGAUGUACCGAUAAAGUCGAAUGAAAUCAAGUUUUUAUAAGAUAUAAAUAAAUUGAGAUAAACAUAGAUACUAAACCAAUGUAAAAUAUGUUAAACCGCAUAAAAAAGAAGGAUUAUUAUUAUGAUAAAUUACACAGAGGUUUUGUUAAUGUAUGUAUGGCGGCAACAGUAGUAACUGGAACACUUGUGUUAUAUUCAGCGUAUCUCUUUUUUACACGUACUGUACCAGAAAAUAGAUUACAAAUGGAAAAAAAAGAAAAAGAACUUUUAAGUGAAGGAAUGGACUUAGAAGACACUGUAUCUACAUAAUAUUAAAAUAUGAUUAAAAUGUAGACAAUCAAGGAAAGUGUUACUUUUGUAGUUUAGGCACCGUCCACUUUAAGUCCUCUUUUUUCUGCAAACAUAAAAAGUAGGAUAUGAAAUAUAUUUGUUAUCGUUGGAAUAUUUGUAAAACUAAAGAAUUUUUAGGUGACUUGUAGAUUAGUGCCAUAUAUUUUUUAAGUAUUCGAACAAAAGAUAUUACUUGUACCAAUUUCAUGCAAUAAUAAUUUUCAAAAGUAUAUUUCAUAAUGUAAUCUAAUAAUAAUAAAAUGAUUGAAACUGUAA